CGGGAAAAUUACCCCGUGAACCCUGAAAGAUCUCAGCCGUUGGAUAUCUUGCGGCCGCCCUAGUGUUUAGGGUUCUAGCGCUUAGGGUUCUAGCGGGUUUCUGGCAGCGCAGCCAUGGCAGUCGCCAGGGCGCAGAAAUCCAAAUCCUACUACAAGAGGUACCAGGUCAAGUACCGCCGCCGAAGAGAGGGCAAGACCGAUUAUCGGGCUCGGGUGCGCUUGACGAAUCAGGACAAGAACAAAUACAACACACCGAAGUACCGAUUCGUCGUUCGCUUUUCCAACAAGGACAUUGUCGCCCAGAUCGCAUAUGCUACUAUUGCUGGAGAUGUGAUCAUGGCUGCUGCCUACGCGCACGAAUUGCCGCGCUAUGGUCUCAAGGUUGGCCUCACAAACUACGCGGCUGCUUACUGCACGGGGUUGCUGCUGGCAAGGAGGCUGCUCACGAAAAUGGGCAUGGCUGACAUCUACGAGGGAAACACUGAUGUGAAUGGUGAGGACUACAACGUUGAAACUCUGGACGAGAACAGGCGUCCAUUCAGGGCCCUUCUUGAUGUUGGCCUCGUCCGGACUACAACGGGCAACCGAGUCUUUGGUGCCUUGAAGGGUGCAUUGGACGGUGGACUAGAUAUCCCGCACAGCGAGAAACGUUUUGCCGGCUACAGCAAGGAGGACAAGUCCCUGAAUGCCGAAGUGCACCGGAAGUAUAUCUAUGGCGGGCACGUUGCUGCUUACAUGCUGAAACUAAAAGAUGAGGAUCCCGAGAAGUACCAAUCUCACUUCAGCCAAUUCAUCAAGGAAGGCGUCGAGCCGGAGAGCUUGGAAGAGCUCUACACCAAGGUCCAUGCUGCGAUUCGCGCGGACCCAAGCCCCCGGGAGCCUCCACCAAAGAAGGAUCACGGUCCUCACAAGAAGGUUAAACCCACGAAGCUCUCUUACGAGCAGCGCAAGGCCAAUCUCAUCAACCGGAUCAAAGCACUCAACGCGGCCGAAGACGAUGAGUAGAGGAAAGUAUGAUGUGCCUUUGAAAGAAAGUUUUGGUUAUUUCAAUCACUCGACUUCUAUAUCGUUUC